AUGUGCGGCUCCUGUAGGAAGUAUGAUGAUCUUGUUCUCGCUGUGCGAGCUUCUCUGGAGGAACAGAGCAAUGACGAUGGACCAAGCGCGGAACCGUCCGAUGGUCGUGUGUUCCUCAUGCAACUUUCAUUCGGUGGCCAAAGGGAGCUUCGCUGCAGGUAUAGAGGAAUGGAUGAGACAGAAUCAUUCAGCGCCCGAUUGCAUUCUACCCGUACACGACAACAUGCGUCAACGAGGAUGUGGCCUCUUCUCCAAAGGCAGACCCCCAACAUUGAACGACAGCGCUCUUUUAGGGAGCUAUUAGAGGAAAUGAUGGGAACCCGAUUGCAUUCUACCCGUACACGACAACAUAUGUGA